AUGGAGAGUACAGAUUCUUCCGGUGGUCCUCCGCCGCCGCAGCCUAACCUUCCUCCAGGAUUCCGUUUUCAUCCAACCGAUGAAGAGCUCGUCGUUCACUACCUUAAACGCAAAGCCGCCUCCGCUCCUUUGCCUGUCUCCAUCAUCGCUGACGUCGAUCUCUACAAGUUCGAUCCAUGGGAACUUCCUGCUAAGGCAUCGUUUGGAGAGCAGGAAUGGUACUUUUUCAGUCCUAGGGAUCGGAAGUAUCCGAACGGAGCGAGGCCAAACAGAGCAGCAACGUCUGGUUACUGGAAAGCUACGGGUACGGAUAAACCGGUGCUUGCCUCAGACGGGAACCAAAAGGUCGGCGUGAAGAAGGCACUAGUCUUUUACAGUGGCAAACCACCAAAAGGUGUUAAAAGCGACUGGAUCAUGCAUGAGUACCGUCUCAUCGACAACAAACCAAACAACAGACCACCAGGAUGUGAUUACGGCAACAAGAAAAACUCCCUAAGGCUUGACGACUGGGUGCUAUGUCGAAUCUACAAGAAGAACAACGCGGGACGACACGUUGAUAACGAUAAGGAUCAUGAUAUGAUCGACUACAUCUUCAGGAAAAUCCCUUCAGGACUCAACCACAGUGUCUCAAGAUCAAUGAACUUCUUCCCGGGAAGAUUCUCCGGUGGUUACGGGAUGUUCUCCGACGGUGAUCCCGGUUUUUACGACGGAAGCGGCAUGAUGUGCAGCAACGGAGCCGAUGCAGUCAAUCUCAAUGUCUGUAAUGGUAAUCUCAUUGCCGACGUUGUUGGUAACGGUUUGAACCCUGUUUCUUCCUCUGGACCGAUGAUGAUGAUGGCGAAUCUGAAACGAGCUCUUCCGGUUCCGUAUUGGCCUGUAGCGGAUGAAGAGCAGGAAGUAUCUCCGAGCAAACGGUUUCACGGCGUCGGAGGAGGAGGAGACUGUUCGAACAUGUCUUCAUCGAUGGUGGAGGAGCCACCGCCAUUCAUGCAGCAGCAAGGUGGUGUGUUAGGGGAUGGAUUAUUCAGGACGACGUCGUACCAACUACCUGGUUUAAAUUGGUACUCUUCUUAAACGGGUGUGGGUGAAAAAAAGCUCUGGUGACAAGUGUCGGAAUUGCAGAGUACGAUUCUUUUCCGAUUGGUGGGGUCAUUUACAUUAUAUAAUUUGAGAUUUGUGUAUAUGUUUUGGGUUAAUUAAUUGGGGCA